GUAUGCAAUUUGAGGAGUCUCGGUCUCGGAGAGGAAAAAACGAAAAGGUGGUAGAACGGCUGCGUUAUCUUUUCUCGGUGUUUAUCACUCGAUGGUAGGUGCUCGGCGCGUUUCAACUUCGGAGCUUAGUACCCUUUCAGACGGUCGCGCUAAAUCUACUGGGAAAUUCGCGUUCGUGUACUCGAAAAAGGCGCGUCGCGAAUCGCGUAAUUUUUUUACUCGUAAAUUUUUUCACUAAAAUUUUGUUUACUUCGAAAAUUAAGUAUAAUAUUCUAUUUUAAGCUAUUUUCUUAUUUUUUUUAAAAAAAUGUAGAUUUUCGAGUAUAUUUUUUCUACUCUGUCCUUCGACUCGAUUCAAUUAUUACCAUGCUGAUUUAAAAACCCCGGAAGGAAUUGCUACCCCGAAAACAGAAUCGUUUUGUUGAAAUGAUGGAUUAUCUGUUCAUCGGCGGGGGUGGAGGAGGCGUCACACCACAACGAAUGGAAAAUUUAUCCGACCGUAAUUGUCGCGAAAAUUGUUCCAGAAACGCGGAUGAUUCUCCCGAGGACAUUUUAUUAUUCGCCGGAUACUCGACAGCGUUACUGCAGUUUGCCGCCAUGUGCUGUUUAUUGUUCAUGAUCGUCGGCAUAUUGGGUAAUUUGAUAACCAUCGUCGCUCUUCUGGGAUGCAAAAAGGAACUGAACGCUACGGCUAUAUUUAUCAUCAACUUGAGCGCAUCGGAUUUCAUGUUUUGUGUAUUCAAUUUACCCCUGGCGGCAUCGACGUUUUGGCUGAGACGAUGGAAGCAAGGUUACCUGGUAUGUCAGCUGUAUCCGUUGAUGAGAUACGGAUUGGUGGCAGUUUCGUUGUUUACCAUUUUGGCAAUCACAAUCAACAGAUACAUAAUGAUCAGUCAUCCUAAUAUUUAUCCGAAAUUAUACCGCAAAGAGUACCUGUUGCUGAUGGUAGCAUCGACAUGGCUGUGCGCAUUCGGAACUCUAGUACCAACAUGGUUCGGUAAAUGGGGCCGGUUCGGAUUAGACGUGAACGUAGGCUCCUGCUCCAUACUCCCCGACGACGACGGAUACUCGCCCAAACAAUUCCUAUUCAUCGUCGCCUUCGUCAUCCCUUGCUUUUUCAUCGCCAUAUGCUACGCUCGAAUAUUCUACAUUGUCCGCAUGACCGCCAGACGUUCGCAUACGAUGACCAAUCGCAACAACACGGUCACAGCCACCAUUACCACUGCCAGUGCUGUAACCACUGCCAGCGGACAACAAAAUUCCACCGAAUUUUACCCGAAUAAAUUAAAACGCCUGCCGCAACUAUCAACCGAAGACUCGGCCAUCGGUUCCAGCGGCGGUGCUACUUCAUCGACUGAAAAAUCAUCGUCGGUUAUCGUCAACGAGAACGAAUCUUGCGAUAAUUACCAGCACGAGCCGAUCGUACCAAACGCGCCACCGUGUCCGAAUCUACUUUCGCCUCCGAUACGACCAUCGUAUUAUGCUAAAAUAGCCGUCGAACCGUCCUCGUCUUCUGGACUAGAUGACGAUUACGUCGAAGAUUACGCUUCGUCUAGGAGUAUGUCACCGACUUCGUUAUGUAGUUCGCAUCGAAUUUCGACGCGAAUCCGUAAGAAACCUCGCGAAAGAACGCCAUCCGCAGUAAAUGCCACUUUUAACCAGAUGGCUGCGGCGUUACGUCGCAAAAGUCCCAUCAGUUUUAAUCCGAGACGUCGUAGCGCUUUACCGCAACCUGGUAAAAUGUCUUCGAAGGAUAAAAAACUGCUUAAAAUGAUUCUCGUCAUAUUUUCAUCGUUCGUCAUUUGUUAUCUGCCAAUAACCAUCACGAAGACGAGCAAAUAUCUCAGCGAAUUCCCCAUUUUAAAUAUCGGAGGGUAUUUGCUCAUUUACUUGACCACUUGUAUAAAUCCUAUCAUUUACGUAGUCAUGAGUUCCGAAUACAGACAAGCGUAUAAAAAUCUACUCACGUGUCGUUCCAGUGAAACAACCAGAUCGAAACGAAUGCGCAAGUGACAACUAAAAACCAAGGGAUCUCCCUUGGUGGCUAUACCAUUGGUCAAAGUCGAUAACCAAAUUAAACGUUGAGUAGCGCCGCCGCCGCCACCGCCGCAGCCGUCGCCAUCCAAGUAGACUGAAAUGACGUAACGAUUGUGAAAACGUAAGUACUGUGGUGAAAAUACUUAUGUAGUACCAAGAAUUUUAACGAGUUGAUAAGAAACAGCUUCAUCUCGCUGGUGUAUGGAUCAUUUUAUGCAAUAAUCAGUAAAAAAAAAAUAUUUUUUAUCACGUGUAUACUAUGAAUAUGACAAUUAAUCUUCAACAUCUUUAUAGUAAUUCGUAAUUACUGGUAAUUAUCGUAAAUUCAUUGUAAUCUAUGUAAAAAAAUUUCAUUUUUAACGAGGAAACCAGAAAGCUGCCGAAUUACCUGGUGUUUUUCAAUCCUGCCAUAUUAUGUAUUUCGAGAAUAAUUACUCUUGACAAAAAUUUUUCAUCAUAGCACUGCCUAUACAAAUCUGAACUCUUGAUAUGUGUGUGAUAACUACUAAAUGCAUUGAUCGUGAAAUAAAACACUAAUUUAUUACUUUCUCCAAUACUUAAAUUGUAUAUUCAGCAAAUAGAAAUCGUAAAUCAAAUUUGAAAAAUAUUUAUGCAAAAAUAUCGUAACUUUGCUUUCUGUGCGGAAUCUAAGGGUGCGCAAAUUAUGUUUUAUCGCCUUUGAUGAAAUGAUAUGGUUUCAAGAGGUAGGUACAUCUAUCUACGUACGAGUAGAUCUAUAGAAGCACGUAAUUUUAUGUUUGAAAAAAAAAACACUUAGGAUAUUGAAAUUAAUUCAUUUUAAUGAGCUUCAAAAAUAAAAAAAAUCCAAAAGAACACUUUCUGAGAAAAAAAAAGUAAUUUUGGUCAAUUUUUGUGAGCAUUGGUCGAUCAUGUCAAAUAGAAAAUCGAAAAUGAAUUGAUUUUUGGAGUCUGAUUAAUCCAUUCUCCAUCAUGAUCGAUUUUUCAUCAGAUCGAUUUCUGGGGGUCGAUUACUGUCAUGAUCAAUUUAUAAUUAAUCGAAAAAAUCUAUUUUCAAAACCAAAAACGUUCACCAAGAACAGGAUCGAUUAUCUGGAAUCGAAAAUCGCAAAUGAAUCGAUUUCUGGGGUUCGAUUAAUCGAUUCUUAUUCAUGAUCAAUUGAUCAAUUUAUAAUCGAGAAGAUCUAUUUUCAAGACCAAAACAUUAAUUUUUCAUUUCGGACAUGAUCGAUUAUCUGGAAUCGAAAAUCUCAAAUAAAUCGAUUUUUGGGAUUCGAUUAAUCGAUUCUUAUUCGUGAUCAAUUUUUAAUCGAGAAGCUCUAUUUUCAAGACCAAAACAUUAAUUUUUCAUUUCGAACAUGAUCGAUUAUCUGAAAUCGAAAAUCUCAAAUAAAUCGAUUUCUGAAUUCAAUUAAUCGAUUUUCAAUCAUGAUCAAUUUAUAAUUGAGAAAAUCUAUUAUUAAAACAAGAACAUUGAAUUUUCAUUUUGGACAUGAUUGAUUAUCUGUAAUCUAAAAUCGCAAAUAAAUCGAUUUCUGCGGUUCGAUUAAUCGAUUUUCAGUCAUGAUCAAUUUAUAAUCGAAAAAAAUCUACAUAUUUUCAAGAUCAAAAACUUUCAACAAGAACAGGAUCGAUUAGGUAUCUGGAAUCGAAAAUCGUAAAUGAAUCGAUUUCUGGGAUUCGAUUAAUCGAUUCUUAUUUGCAAUCAAUUUUUAAUUGAGAAGAUCUAUUUUUAAGACCAAAACAUUAAUUUUUCAUUUCGGACAUGAUCGAUCAUCUGGAAUCGAAAAUCGCAAAUAAAUCGAUUUCUGAAGUUUGAUUAAUCGAUUUUCAACCAUGAACAAUUUAUAAUCGAGAAAAUUUAUUAUUAAAACAAGAACAUUGAAUUUUCAUUUUGGACAUGAUUGAUUAUCUGUAAUCGAAAAUCGCAAAUAAAUCGAUUUCUGCGGUUCGAUUAAUCGAUUUACAAUCGCGAUUAAUUCAUGAUCAAGAAAAAAAUCUAUUUUUGAGGCCAAAAUGUUGCUUCUUCAUUCCGGACAUAAUCGAUUAUCUAGAAUCGAAAACCGUAAAUAAAUCGAUUUCUGCGCUUCGAUUAAUCGAUUUGCAAUCAUGAUUAAAAUACGACUACGGAAAUCUAUUUUUGAAGCUAACGUCGAUUUCUCGUUUUCAACACGAUCGAUUAACUGGAAUCGAAAAUCGGGUUAAAUCUAUUUUUGAAGCUAACGUCGAUUUCUCGUUUUCAACACGAUCGAUUAACUGGAAUCGAAAAUCGCGAUUAAAUCGAUUUUUGCGACUUGAUUAAUUGGAUUAUGAUCAAUUUUUUGAUCGGAAAUUCGUGCUUUUUGACUUUCUUAUGGCGUUACCUAUCUCACAAAAAAGUAAGUAAAUAUGAGAAGGAGAGGGAGGAGGAGUCUAAUGAAAAUUUUGGAAAAUACGUGUUAUUUUUUGACCAUUAGAAUCACGUUUCUAAAGUGAGGAAAUUUUACUAUUAUGUUUUCUGACUUUGGGAUCACUUUUGACAUAAUUUUUUCAAAAUGAAAUUCUAAAAAAAAAAUCAAUUUACAAAAGGGGAUAAAAUUGAACUAGGUAUACAUAUUUUUUGUAAUUUUGGAAAAUUUCUGCUCGGUGUAACCAAAUAUAAUUUUUUUGAUCCUUAGUACAUAUUAAUUUCAGAAAACGUUUUGAUUGUCAUUACAGUUGAAUUUUCCAAAAUUUCCAAAAAAAUGAAACAACAAAAAAAUCAAAAUUUACUCAAUUUUUAUGAUUUUUUUUUGUUUUUUUUUUAAAUAAUUUUCCAUUUCUAUUAAAAUACACCAAAGUUUCUAAAAUUGAAAUAUUUUGACAAGAAAUCAUUAUGAGAUCUUUUUCACGAUUUGAGUGGGAAAAAUUUGGGAACAAAAAACAAAUAUGUAUUUUGAUCUACUCAUAAGCUUUCGUCAACUUGACGCAGAAACCCCCACUAAAAUAAAAAUCUGAGAAGGGACAUCAACAUGCAAACUUUCUGAUUCCAGAAGAAAUUCUCAAUAUAAAAAUAUCAAUGAAAAUAUGUAGAUAUACCUUACAAAUCUUAUUUACGUAUUUGUGAUUCAAAAAAGUUACAUCAUAUGAGGGAGAAUCGAUCAAUAAUCAAAAAUUUCACUCUUUCAAAUUUCAGUAGAAAAUUGAUACCUAGAUCUUUAAAGUUACCCUGCACUUGCGUAGUUUAGGUAGCUUUAUCAUCAGAUCAAAGGCGAUAAAACAAGACUGACAUGGCUUACGCCAUCAGUGCCCUUUUUUCAACUUCAAGCCAUUUACUAUAAAAUAUCUUCUCUGAAUCAGCUUGAAAUACGAAUAAUACGAUGCUUAUCAGCAAAUUGAAUACUUAAGCCAUACUUAAUAGAAAACAAAAUAUGAAUUUCGAGCUUUUAAAACAGAGUCAAAAUUCUGCUUCCAUUUUCUCUCUCUGAUAACCGAAAAUUUUGAAAAAUUGCAGCUCCUCCCAUCAUUCCAUCCCCCCACUGAUAAAAUACUGUAAAACCAAACAUAUCACGGUAUUCGAAAAUCAAUCAUCGUAAAAUCAGGAUACCGUUGAAAGUAAAUAAAUAUUUCAAAGGCCUAAAAAAAAUUUCUGAAGGAGUCGAAGUAAGUCAGAUAGACGGAAAGUGUUAUUUUUAUAAUUUUUUUUUAAAUGUCUUAAAUAAAAUUCUGAUUAUUUUAUAUAUAUUUUGUAUUAUUUUUACGGGUGAAAAAUUGAAUUAGGUUGUUCUGUGAUUGUUUCAAGAUAGGCAACUUCGAAAGUGAUUAUUGAUUUAGGUGCUGAUGUUUUGUAUUUUUUUCCUGGCAAUUUUCUAUUGAUAAUUUUUACUGAAAAAUUUUGUACAUAUAUACAUUUUUUUUUUUGUACGUACAUGUAAUUAGAAAUAUUUAAAAAAUUUUGUAAACUACAAUUUGUAAGCGCUGUGUCCAUUGUUUGCAUUACAAAAACUCUCUAUUUUAAACCUAUUUAUGUAUGUGUAUGUGUAUUGUGUAGCCUAUUAAAUGUUUUUGUCAUUUU